UAAAAUAAAAACAAAAUAACAAAUAAAAUAAUUUCAUCGGUAGGUCCACGAUCCACCGCAUGUGGUGUUGAUUUGCAACAUGAAAAAUACGGGACAAUCCUUGACGUUUUAGGCUGAAAAGGUCUUUUGUUGGGUAAAAUAUCAGUGAAUAAUGGAGAAUUUGACAGAUAUAAAGUUUCCUGAGAUCCCCUCGAUUCAUGAAGACGAAGUGGACUGGGUGUACAGUGCAAGGAGAGAAAUGCAGGAGAUUGUGCCAGGUUUGUUUCUUGGGCCGUACGCUGCUGCGACAAAAAGCCAAUUGCAAGUCUUGCUGGACCAUGGUAUCACUCACAUAGUCUGCAUUCGACAAGACAUUGAAGCACUCUUUAUCAAGCCCAACUUUCCAGAGCACUUUGAGUGAGUGGUCAAAGAAUUCAUUGAUAAAAGUAACCUUUUUGGCGGCAAGACACUUGUUCAUGGAAAUGCAGGAAUGUCAAGAAGUGCUGCACUCGUCAUAGCUUAUGUAAUGGAAACGUAUGGAUUGGCAUUCAAGGAGGCCCUGCGAUAUGUACAGCAGAGACGGUUUUGCAUCAGCCCCAAUGAAGGAUUCAUGAGACAACUUGCAGAAUAUGAGCCAAUUUUCACUGCAAGGUUACAGAUGAGAUCACAAGAAAGGUCAGCAACAUCAGGUCGAAAAAGGUCGCACGAAGACGUCGACUAUGAAAUGGAUGACAGCUGAUCAUGUGACCUCAUAUUUGUAAAUAGACUAUUUUUGGACUGCUUUGAACUACGCGGAUCUUGCCAACCCGGAUGUUAGCACUGUAUGAGAAAAUGGAUGGUGAAAUGGGCCUUUGGACACUUUGCCGUUGUUCAAUCGUGGUACAGUAUGUUUGGGGCGUGAUUUUUUUAAAGUCCGGAGGCAUUUGAGAGAUUUAAUAAUGUCAAAUUUUUGUUCACAUUACACCUGGCUGUGGCAGACAACCUGUGACAAGGGAACAGAUAAUUAUGUGCUCGGCUAGUCUUAAACAAAUGUCUGAGACCAGUACAUGUAUUCCCAUUCGUAAAUUCCUUAUGGUAAAUAGAUUUCAAACGAGCUUUGAAAUUUAUAAAUUUCUAACGAUUUUGUUCAAGAUGGUUCACUUUUUUUCCAAACACCCAUGUAGCCAUUGUAAGGCACCACAAAUGUGUUUGUGAUAUAUGGUAUAUUUGUGGUAAAUGAUUUCUGUAGAUGGAAAUUGGCAGGUGGGGUAUGUACCACAUGAGGUGGUGCAGAAUGCAAUAUGCCAGUGCAGUGUGUGAAUGUAGGACUCGGCUUUCGGUGUUCAUAAAUACUGGUAAAGUAUUUGUUACAACAGCAUUCUUCCACAGAGUAUAUCUUUCCAUUAUUGCCUACUUUUCUGCUCUCUUAUCUUCCUUGCUACUUCUCUGCUCCAAGAGCUGAAAAUAUUGUACAAAAAAAAGGACUAUUGGUGACACAGGUUCCAGGAACUACAGAAUAUGAUUUGCAUAAGCAAUUUGUCACGGCAACUGAUGCUUAACUUGGGAACUAAAACAAUUUAUAAAACAAUGCUUUGGAUCAGCUAGGGGAGUCCAGAGACCGGUUCUUUUGAAAAAUUGUACCUUUUGGGGAUAAUUUUCUUUUAACCGUACACAGUUUUAUAAUAGCAGGUAAAGUCGGGUACAGUUUUAGUUCAUUCAAGUGCCAAUUGUUUCCAUGAUAUUGCUUCAUAUUUUUAUGAACUUUUUAAAAAAUCUUUUUGGCUUGGAGAGUUUCCCAAGUUUCCCCAUACUUGUCACAAGCAAUUAAUCAGUAUGCGAGGGUUUGUGGGUAAAAAGCAAUGAAUUACAGGGAAUUGCAUUUUUCCCUUUCAAGUCUGCCAGCAACCAGUUACAUGUACGUCACCGAGAAUAUUCCAAUUGGGUGUUGCAAGUAGACUUGGCAACCUCUCCCCCAUCCCUACCCCCCCCCCUCGAAAAAGAAGGAAAAAGAAAUGAACUAACAGGAUAAAAUCACCGGUUUGCUUGAAAAUACCAAUUGACCCCUUCCACAGUUGAUAAUCAGUUUGUUUCUGAUGAGUGCUUUCCCCCCCUCCCAAAAUGUCACGGUGGCUGCACUGGAAAAGUGCCCCCGCCCAGACAAUCCCAGUGACACGCAUGCGGGGAUGUGAAACUACUACAAAACAGAUCUAAUGUGCUUACACAGAGUCAAGUUAGACCUAAUAUCUGAUUUUAAUCAAGACAUUGUAAAUAUUAUUGAAGUACAGCUGAGUUUUCAUGUUGUAAAUUUUAUGCGGAUUAGAAGUAUUUAUUACAUUUGUUACAAACUGACAUGGUUCGUUCAUAUAUUUUGUUUCAAAAUGAUGUAUUUAGACAAUGUUUUUCAAAAGUUGUGAUGUGUAUCUUAUUUAUCUUUGCAAUGGUUGAAAAAUAGAAUUUUUGAAUGUUAUUCGAUAUUGAUUUUUGUAGAAAAACGGUUGGAACAAUAGGAAUUUCUAAAGAAUAACAAGGAGCCUUUUGUACGUUAACAAUUGGAAAAGGGUAAGUAAUGAAAUUCAUGCAAUUUUCGGUCUUUUUAAGAACCAAACUUUAUGAGUUACAUUUAUUUCCUCCAUGUGGAUUUUGGCAUUUGCUAAAUUAACAUUUAUGGGGAGCUGAGUACAUGAGCAAGCCAACACGGCGUGAGCGGUCUUUUUAAAAUUCCAUGUUAACUCUUGCUCUAUGCCACUAGAGCAAUUUACUGCAAGUCACUGAUACCUGCCAAUGCACUGCAGCUGGCGUGCAUUGGAGGAUUCUUUGCCUUACCAGUGGAGUGAUUUUACUGCACAGUCCAAUAGAAGAAGUACACUCCAGUGUACUCAAGAGGAAUGUGGCAUGUGGCUUUGCUUGUCAGUGUAAUACAUGAGUUGGACCAAGCUGA